CUUCCAGAGCCUCUUCUCACAUUCUCACUCUAUCAAGAGUUCCUCUCAUUUGCCAAGGAAGCUACGAGGUAUCUGCCGUGCGAUUUAAGCACUGCUACUAACGACAAGGAAAUGAAAGCUAGAGAAUUACUGAAGAGAUUGAGAGAGUUGAUAUACAGACUACCUGAGCAAAACCAACUGACACUCGCUAGACUAAUGUACCAUUUACACAGAGUUAGUAGUCCAGAGCAUGUUAAGACUAACUGUAUGCCUCCCAGUAACAUUGGCAUUGUGUUUGGACCUAAUCUACUGCAACAAAGAGAGAUGAUCCCAUCACUUGAAUUACUAGCUAACAUGAGUUAUCAAGCAAAAGUUGUAGAAAUAAUGGCUGCUCAUGUUCACGAUAUAUUUAAUGUUAGUGAGGAGGAGUUGAAACUAUUAGAGAAUGAGUCGAUUGAAGAUGAAGGAAAUGAGAGAUUCGUUGGAGAAGAGGAUGUGCCACACACUCAAAGCAAAACACGUAAGUUAGAAAAUAAGCAUGAGCUAUAUAAG